AUGGUCAGAAACCAUACAAAGAUAAAAGAAUUUAUCCUGAUGGGGUUUCAAGAAUUUUCUGAAUUGCAGGUACUUUUCUUCCUGAUCUUUUUAACGAUUUACAUUGUGACCAUAAUGGGGAACAUCCUGGUUCUUCUGUUGAUUGUCUUGGACUCACAUCUUAAAAGUCCUAUGUACUUUUUUCUGGGAAACUUGUCUUUUCUGGAGGCUUGCUACAGUUCCAGUAUAUUUCCAAAGAUGAUUUCAGCUCUGUUGACUGGAGACAGAACAAUUUCCUUCAACAACUGUUUCACACAAAUGUAUUUUGUUGGUUCUUUUGUAUGUGCAGAAUGUUAUUUACUCUGUGUGAUGUCUUAUGAUAGAUAUUUAGCUAUCUGUAAACCAUUACAUUAUGCAACCAUCAUGAAAAGCUGGACAAGUAUCCAACUAGUAGCCGUCUCUUGGAUCAAUGGAUUUGUGGCUUUGACUGUUCUCCUCGUUUUGAUGCUGCACUUAAACUUCUGUAGCUCCAAUGAGAUUGAUCAUUAUUUCUGUGAAUAUUUUCCUAUUCUAAGACUCUCCUGUAGUGAUAUUAGCAUGAUGCAAAUUUUGAGUUUCAUGGUGGCUUCCCUAUUCACAUUUCCUCCUUUUCUUCUGACACUUACAUCUUAUGUUUGUAUUAUUGUUGCCAUCUUAAACAUUCCCUCAACUACUGGGAGGCAAAAGACUUUUUCUACCUGUUCAUCUCACUUGAUUGUAGUUUUUGUUUUCUAUGGAUCUCUAAUUAUUGUAUAUAUGACACCAAAGACUGUAAUUAGAAGGGACAUUCAAAAAUUUCUCUCUCUGUCAUACACAGUUUUGUCUCCGCUCAUCAAUCCAUUUAUAUACAGUCUGAAAAAUAAGGAAGUGAAAGAUGCCCUAAGAAAUAGUAUCUGCAGGAAUUUUUGUUUACUUUUCAAACAAGUCAGAAGAAAGUUUUUUAUGUAG